CCGACCACUCUUCUCGGCCUCUCGGCCCUAUGACCCCCCUACUCCAGGGCCUUCGGGAGCGCGCUGUGGCAGCCACGGGCCCGUGACCCCCACCUCCUCUUCCUCCUCCCAGUGGGAGGGUGCGAUGCCUUGCCGUGAGCUCCGCGUGGAGCCAACCUCUUAGGAGCUGCCCGAGGGAGGCUCUCGACUCUCGGGAAGCUGCGGGGCGGAGGUGCCCCUCUCGCUGGGCUCUCCGCUCCCCGCUCUCGGCUCGCCGCUCGCUCCCGAGGAUUCGCGCCGCGCGAUGUCCUCGAAGAUGGCCUCGCAGGGCAGCGCUCUGACGCCCUUCUCCAUCCAGGACAUCCUCACUCGCAAGGACGACGCGCGCGGGCCCGGACCCAGCGACAGGGUGCACGCCAUGCUGGCGGGCAGGGCGUUCAUGCAGCACCUGCAGGACGGUGGCGGCGCCGGGGCAGGCGGGAUCGGGCUGGCGCCUCCCGCGGGGCGCUGCCUCGCCCAGCAGCAGCAGCAGCGGCGGGGGCAGCAGCAGCAGCUGCCGCCGCCGCUGCUGCUGCUGCCCCCGGCGAGGGGCGCGCGCCGCUCCCCGCUCGGGCUCCCCGCAAUCGCCGCGCCGCUGCGCUCCCCCUGCGGCUUCGCGCGGCUCAGCCCCUCGGCGGACGGAGAGAGCGAGGGACGCGGGGGGCUCAGCUCCCCCGAGAGCCACGACGGGGACGAGAGAGCGCGCGCGGGCAGCGGCUGCAGCGCGAGCUGCAUCGCAGAGGACAUCGCGGCGGCGGCGGCCGCCGAGUUCUGCGACAGCGAGCGACUCUGCGGCUCCAUGGACGAGGACGACGACGCCGGCCCCGCCUCCGGGGACAGACUCAGCCCGGGCGCGGAGCCGCCGCUGGCUGAGGGGGCCGCCGUGGUGCUGGGGGGCAGCGCGGGCACGCGGCCCCCCGCGGAUAUGCCGCUGCUCACGCCGCAAGCGAAGCCGCGCAAGAAGCGCUCCCGCGCCGCCUUCUCGCACGCGCAGGUGUUCGAGUUGGAGCGGCGCUUCAACCAGCAGCGCUACCUGUCGGGCCCCGAGCGGGCCGACCUGGCCGCGGCGCUCAAGCUCACGGAGACGCAGGUGAAGAUCUGGUUCCAGAACCGACGCUACAAGACCAAGCGGCGGCAGCUGGGCCUGGGGCCCGCGGGCGCGGCCGAGCUUCACGCCGGAGGAGGUGGUGGAGGUGGUGGAGGUGCCGGUGGAGGAGGCGGUAGCGCCAAGAAGGUGGCGGUGAAGGUGCUGGUGCGAGACGACCAGAGGCUGCAGCAGCAGCAGCACCACCAGCACCACCAGCACCACUACGGCGCGGCGGAGACUCUCGCCUUCCCGCCCUCGCUGGCGCUCUACCAGACUCUGCGUUACUUCCCCGCGCCGUACGCGCUGCAGCCCGCGUGGCCGGCCUCCCUUCUGCAGCCCGCGCUCUUGCGCCGUCAGCCGUCGCCGUGAAGCGCGACGCCGCCUCGGCGCAAUCGCGGACACCUCCCGGUCACUGGCGUCGAAAGAAACAAAAAACAUCGUGAGCGCUCGCGGGCGUGAGCCACCCUGAAUCCCCGAGUCCUCCCCCCCCCCUUCCUCCCCGCACUGCUCAGAGCGGAGGUUUGUCGCGGUUGCUGAUGGACGCUGGGACUCGGUGUUGAGAUUCUGCUCGGAACGGCAGCCUCGCUCCAGGUGCGUGCUUCGUGUUCUGGUGUUGCGGGUAAUGCGCUGACUCAUCGCGUCUCCGGUGUCCUCAAAUAAACAAUUAAACGAGCGGACAAUACGCCUCCUACCCAUAGUCGUCCCACAACAUCACGAAAUAGAGCAUCUCUCUUACGCAUUCCUGAAGCCACGCGGCCCAGUGCUGGGCGGCGUGCAUCAUGUCACGGGGGUUCAAUUGGAACAAACGCCGGGAUCGACGUCGACAUUUGGUGUCUCACCAGCAGUCAAACUUGCUUUAACCAAUGCUGCUGAAUUCAAAACAAUGUCCAAUCCUUAAUCAACCUCGUGCUGGAUGAAGGCCUCUCCCACCCCGCCUGCUGUGUCGGACACGGGUGGUUGUUUGACCAUACUUCGCCACGCUGGUCAGUGUGCUUUUGUCUAGAACCGGCGCUGAUAUCGCUCACCGUGGACCAGAACCGGACUCAGGGGUGCAGGUUCACAGCGCAGCGCGCUAUCUCCUGCACCGCCGCAAAUACCGUUCGCUGAGAUAACAAACAACGCUCUCCGGAUAUCCAUGCAAACGGAUACAGCACUGUAUACACAUACACGCAUCUUUUUUUUUAAGUCUCCCGUCCAAGAUCAGGGCAACACAUAGACGCGUUGAGCGUGCACGCGGAUGACGGUGAGACGGCUCAGGAUCCCUGUCUGUCGGAAACCGACGAGGCGGCGAGCGCGAUGGGGAUGCGCAGCGGGGCUCGCGGACUCGGCAAACUCUCGCGGCGCUGCGGCCGCAGCGCGACCGCGCGUCUCACGCGCCGUGCUCUGUAGGACGCGGACUUCACCCGCGCUCGUGUGUACAUAUUUGAUUCGUGCUUAAAUCGAAAAGCACGUUAUGGUAUAUAUAUAAAAAAACUGUAAUAUAUACGUAAUGUGUAUAGGGCGCCGGUAGGAAUAACGGCGAGGUUCCGAACAUUUCCACAUCGCGUCAGCCACGUCGCCGCGCUUUGCAGCAGUCUCGUUCUGUGCUGCAGCACGGGGGCUGUGUGUGGCCUGCAUCAGUGUGUGGCCUGCAUCAGUGUGUGGCC